AUGCCACGUCUUUCGCCCGCCUCAGCGAAAGCCAUUGAUCGCUUGAGAUCCUACAAAUCUCCAGACACAGUAUGGCCCGUAAUGCCGCUCUCGCGCAAGGCAGCCGUCCUGCUCCUGCUCUUUGCGGAUCCCAAUGGGGAGCUGAGAGUAGUCAUCACCAUGCGUGCAAGUACCCUGAGCUCAUAUUCCGGUCAGGCCGCCUUACCUGGCGGCAAAGCUGAAGAGGGCGAGACUGCCUUUGAAUGUGCAAGGCGUGAGGCUUCGGAAGAGAUAGGUCUUCCUAGGCGUGCGUCAGCUCUGCCACGCCCCUUCAGAGUCGAGCAUUUGUGUGAAAUGGCAACAAAUUUGAGCAAGAAUGCACUUGUGGUUCGCCCAUGCAUCGCAUUUCUCCAUUCUUAUGACCCCGAGACGGGAGAAGAUGCCAACGUGGCAGAGAAACUACUACCAAGAUUGGACGCGAGAGAGGUGGCGGCGGUAUUUUCGGCGCCUUUCAGAAACUUCUUGUAUAUGGAAGAUCUGCCCAACCAACCCAACCUUCCCGGCAAACCUAGUGACUGGUACAAGGGAAGCUGGACAGACUGGCACGAGAGUCGAUGGCGCAUGCACAAUUUCUUUGUUCCCGUCACCAACCAGAUCGUCUCCAAGCCGAAAAGAAACGAAGACCAAAAGGCCGUGGCAAGCCACCUGGACAAAUAUUCCAGGUACCGGGUGUUUGGCAUGACCGCCAGGAUUCUUGUCGACGCUGCGCGUAAUGCAUAUGACCAAGAGCCUACCUUUGAGCACAACUCUCACUUUGGAGACGAGGAAAUGAUUGUUCGACUAAAGGCAGCCGGCUUCUUGGGUGAGAUUAGAAAGCCGGGUGCUGAGUUGACAAAGCAGGACUUGAUCAAAGCUGCAAAUCUCUGA